AUGGGCCGCCGAGCAGGAGGCGGCGGAGUCGACCAGAACAAGAUGCUGGACGAUCUGAGCCAGGAACUGCACGAGACCUCGUCGAUCUCGUUACGGCUGAGGCCGACGCUGGGCCGCACGGUCGAUGGCUUGAACGGCGAUCCGUCCAGGGGGUUCCGAAUCCUGGAGCGCAAGUGCGCCGAAAAUAAGAUCAGACAGGACGCGAGGAAGCAGCUGUUCCACGUCCGAAGUGGCCAGGCCAGAAAGGACAUCCGGAGGGUGAGAUGGAGGAAGCUUUUCCUGGAAGGAUUCAUUGCCGAGUGUGGGAGGGUCCGCCGCAUGAGGAAGCAAGGCUGGUAG